UCCCUCCCUCCUCUCCGGCUGACUGUUGUAUUUCAUUCCUGGGGAUCUUCAUUCCGGGGCUGCACGGUUGCUUGUGACUGCAGAUCAUUAUCUGUUUUAAAGCAGGAGGCUUUUGUUUUGUUUUGUUUUGUUUUUUUUUGUUUAGACUGCCACUGUGCACACACCCGCCCACCCCAGUCUGCUUGUCCCGGAGACCGGCGAGGGAGUCCGGCGGGCGGGCUGAGGGGGAAUGGUGGAGAGCUCCUGACGUGAGGCGAGGCAGAUGCCAGUACUCGGGGCUGCAGCCCGUUGACGCGGGGACCACCUUCUCCUCCCGCGCCGAGGUUGGCGGCGAAUGACCACCCCCCUCCUCCCCUUCCCCACCACCCCCCUCCUCUCGCUGCUCCCCGUUUGUGUUUCCCCAGCCUCUCAAUCUCACCCCCCACCUUCCCCCCCCCCCCCCCCCCCCCGUGCUUUCCCCACCCCCCCUCCCGCUGCUAGGAUGCUGAAGGCUGUGGCGUGAAUGAGAUGGCAGCCGGGCGGCUCUUGCUGUACGCCGGCCUCUCCAUGGCCCUGUGCGCCCUGGGCAUGUUGGCCGUGGCCAUCUGCUCCGACCACUGGUACCAGACAGACGCCAGGAGGCACCGGGAGAGGUGCAGGAACUACGCCAGCCGCACCAACCACCCGGGCUUCAUCUACACCUCCAACAACCUGCCCCUGCGCGCCAGCCGCCGCCGGCUCGACCGCUGGGAGGAGAGGCUGCUCGGCGCCCGCAACCGGCGCCAGCUCUUCGCCAUGAGCGCGGCCGACGAGUGCGGCAGGAUGUACAACUCCACCAAUACCGGCCUGUGGAGGACUUGCCACCGGCUCGGCUUCGACCAGGACAUCGCCGAGCUCAUCGCCAAAGGUGUGAUAGACAGGUGUACACCAAUCAAAUAUCACUACUCCUCAGCAAUCCUUCCGAAAAACCUUUCAUACAACAUCACAAAAACCAUCCGGCAAGACGAGUGGCACUCCCUACAUCUGCGUCGGAUGACAGCUGGAUUCAUGGGAAUGGCAGUUGCUAUCAUCCUCUUUGGCUGGAUAAUCGGGAUCCUUGGCUGCUGUUGGGAUCGGGGACUGAUGCAGUACGUGGCUGGCUUACUGUUCCUCAUGGGAGGUAAGGUUGUCCAUCCAGUUUUUCCCAUCCGGUCACAUCCCAGGAUAUACCUGUACGGUCUGCCCGUGACAUCAGCCCGGUACGGCUGGUCCAUGUUCUGUGCCUGGGGCGGCCCUCGGCUUGACGCUCAUUGCUGGCUUCUCUGCACUCUGGCGCCCUCGGUCCAGACCGUCCCCAGGACAAGCUACCCAAAAUCCAGGCCGGAGAAUGGGGACUGUCUGCUAGAGCUCAAAGGAUGUGCCAUUUCAGAGGGGAAACCAGCCAGGGGUCUGCUCAACUUGGUGCCUGGCUUGAUGGACCUUUUGAUGGCACAAGCUGGGAAAAUUAUUCAACAGCAAACCCUGAGCAGUGUAUAA